GAAUAAGUAAAUGUAUUUCUUAAUAAUUAUUAAUUUUAUUUUAUUUCAUUACUGUUUAUUUUUAUUUUAGAAUUUCAAAAAAAUGGAACAAACAUGCUUCUCAUGAUUUUUCAAUUGAUGCAAAACAUGAGUUUGCCAAAUUUAUGUGGAAUGAUGAAAUCAAUAUUAGUUUACAAAACAUUCCUGAAUUCUGUUUAUCAAGAUUAUCUGAAAAAUGUGUAACAUGGAUCACUGAAUCAACUCCACUAUGUGAAUAUGAAGUGAAUAGAGAUGAUGUUUGCUUUUUUGUAAAAACUUGUGAAAAAUUUCAUGCAGAUAGAGUUCCAGUAGUUAAGAAUACUUGGGGAAAAGAUGCAAGCUGUUUAAUAUUUUUUAGUGAGAAAACAGAUGGAAGCAUUCCAACAAUAAAUUUAGGCAUUCCAAAUGUUGAAUUUGGACAUUGUGCAAAGACAAUGGCAAUUAUUCAAUAUUUUAUAAAAUCAAGAUAUCAUCAUAAUAAAAACUGGCUAGUAAUUGCUGAUGAUGAUACUUUGUUAAGUGUUCCUCGACUUCUAAAAUUAUUAAGGUGCUACAAUUCUUCCGAAGCCAUAGCUCUUGGUGAAAGAUAUGGCUACGAUGUGCUGAGUGGACAAGGAUAUAAUUAUAUAACUGGAGGAGGAGGGAUGGUAUUCAGUGUUGAAACUGUUAAACAACUUGGAACUUGUCAAUGUCCUUCCAAGGAUUCUCCGGAUGAUAUGAUUUUAGGAAUUUGUUUGAAAAAGUUUGGGAUUCCAAUAACACACUCAAAAUUAUUUCAUCAGGCUAGGCCAAUGGAUUAUGCACCAGAAUAUCAUCAUCAUCCACCAAUAAGUUUUCACAAACACUGGAUGAUAGAUCCCGAACAAGUCUACCAAGAAUGGUUGGCCGAUAGUGAUAUUCAGAGAGAUGAUGCUGCUCAUUCUGAGCUUUAAGCUCAAAAACAUUUGUGAUUUAGAAUAAUGUGCUAAAAUGUGCAUUUAAAAUAAAUUAAAAAAAUUUUUCUAAACAAAA